GACUGGGCCUGGCUGCUGCUGGAUACUACGGUGGUGCUGACCAGCCUCUUGGAGUUUGUGCUGGAGCUGCAGCUGCAUGCGGAGGGAGAGGCGGGAUCCAAUGGCAUCUUCAGCAACAUGCGGCUUCUUCGGGUGCUGCGCGUGGCAAAGAUCACCAGAGCCCUGAGAAUCAUCAGGCGCCGACGUGGCAUACGCUGA